AUGACUUGGAUUUCACCAUUGAAGGCAUUUGGUGUAAGAGAAUUACUUUCCAUGGAGAGCAUGUUCAAGUCUCACCGUGAAGCUUGUUUGGUCAUAGUUUCAAAGUCAAUGGACUCUGACACAGGAACUCAGAUUCUGAAUCCUUUUGUGAAAAAAGGAUUCAGGGUCACUGCCAGUGCACCUGAUUUCAAAUACAUAUUCAAGGGAACUCAUGCUAAAUCAUGGUUUCAAAAGUUAAAGGAAGGGAAUGUGAACCCCGGUGAAGUUUUCUUGGGACAAAACCUCUCCAAUUUGCUUAGGCUUGCAUUGUUGUACAAGUUUGGAGGUGCAUACAUUGAGGCUGAUGUAGUGGUCUUGAAGAUCUUCUCCAAAUUAAGGAACACAAUUGGAGCUCUGAAUCUUGAUCCAAGAACUGGUGAAUGGAGUCGUUUGAACAAUGCAGUGUUGGUACUCCCGCCGCCGUGUUCAAGAGGCAACCGAGGAAUAUUCACUGAGUCAUCACUGGCCGACGUGGUCAAACAAACUCCUGAUAUGGCUGACAAUGGAGUCCAUCAGCUCACACAGAGCGAGCUUAUGGCCCAGAUGGCUGAGCUCCAAGCAGAAGUCAAAAGACUGGCCGAACUGUCGGCACAAAACAACACCAACAAGAGAGACGAGGGCAAUCCCAAGAGAUCAUCCCAAGGCAUGGCUGAUCUAUUAAUCGACGACCCCCCGAAGGAGAGACUAACUUUGGAUAACCCCUUUUCCGAAGAGAUUACGAACUUUCAAAUGCCAAAACAUUUCACACUACCCUCCUCCCUCGAGCCCUACAAGGGGAUUGGUGACCCCCGGGCUCACAUUAAGAAAUUUCAGUCUAUGAUGUUUUUUAACGGCCCUAACAAUGAACCUGUGCUUUGCAGAGCUUUCCCGACUUAUCUUGAUGGAGCGGCUUUGCUUUGGUUUUCGAAACUACCUGCAGGUUCAAUUUCUUCUUUCGAAGAAUUGGCGAAGUCAUUCAUUGAUUAUUUCGCCGCAGCAAGAAUAUACGUCCAUGGGUCGGAUUAUCUAGGCACAAUCCACCAAGGUCCUCAGGAAAGUUUGAAAGACUAUCUGACCAGAUUUGCAGAGGCGACUAUGGAGAUACCCGAUCUAGAUCCCGCUGUCCACCUGCAUGCACUUAAGGCCGGCCUCCGACCUGGAAAGUUUAGAGAAACGAUCGCAAUUACCAAACCAAAGACAUUGGAGGAAUUCCGGGAGAGGGCGGCCGGACAAAUGGAAAUCGAAGAAUUACGUGAGGCCAACAAAACGAAAAGAAAACCCAGGAGAGAAGAGGACCGUACACCAAGGUCGGCUCACAACAAAGAUUUCGGCAAACCAUUCAAACUUACUCCAAAAUUCGACAAUUACACCAGAUUCAACACGAGAAGGGAAAAGAUAAUCAAGGAAAUACUCAAUGCCAAAAUCAUAAAACCUCCAACAAGGGCAGGCAGCUAUCAGGACCAGAGGUUCGUAGACAAAAGCAAACACUGUGCUUUCCACCAAAAAUACGGACACACAACUGACGAAUGCAUAAUAGCCAAAGACCUCCUGGAAAGACUCGCUCGGCAAGGCCUACUCGAUAAGUACAUCGAAGGAAGAAAACAUAAAGAAGGCGACCAUGACAAGGAGGAAAGACAACCGACCUCAGCCAACAAAGAAACCAACAAAUGGCCAAGUAGCAACCAACCCAAGGCAGUCAUAAACUGCAUAUCCGGAGGAUUUGCCGGGGGCGGUGAAACAACGUCGGCAAGGAAACGCAGUUACCGAGCCAUGCUAGCCAUAGAAGGAACAGCGCCACUAAGAAAUCACGAUGCGCCAGAUUUAGAAAUCACCUUCAACAAAGCAGAUAUAUGCUCGGCCGCCCCACACCUAGACGAUCCAGUAGUAAUCUCUAUCCAGACAGGCGACCUAUUGGUAAGAAAGGUCCUUUUAGACCCAGGUAGCAGUGCAGACGUUCUCUUUUAUUCUACCUUUUUAAAGAUGAACUUAUCUGAAAAACUCAUACAACCCUCCUCCGGAGAACUAGUAGGAUUCUCUGGAGAAAGGGUACCAAUAAAAGGUUAUAUAUGGCUUAAAACAACAAUAGGUGGAAAUUCAUCAUUCAGAACCCUUGAUAUACAAUACCUGAUAGUUGACUGCAUUAGUCCAUACAAUAUUAUUCUCGGGAGACCUGCUCUGAACAUGUUCAGAGCAGUAAUAUCAACCUUUCACCUAUGUGUUAAGUUUCAGGCGCAGGACGGCAGAAUAACAACAAUCCACUCAGACCGCCAACAAGCUCGGCAGUGCUAUAACUCCAGCUUGAAAAGGUUGGAUAAGAGAGAGAAACAACACGAGGUCAAAGCAGUACAAACUAGGGAGGAAGUCCUAUCCCUAGCCGAGCUUGACCCCCGGGGAGACGCGCAGGAAAGACCCCAACCAUCAGACGAACUUUAG